AUGAAGAUGAUAACGUUGUUCGUCGUUGGGCUUGUGGUCCACGUCGUGUUCUUCGUUUCCAUAUUUGACAUUUAUUUCACCUCCCCUCUGGUGCAUGGGAUGAGUCCUCAACACGUGCCCCUGCCCCCACCGGCCAAACGCCUGGUCCUGUUUGUGGCAGAUGGUCUAAGAGCAGACAGCCUGUACAAGCCUGAUGCUAAUGGUACCACCAGAGCACCUUACUUAAGGACUAUAAUAGAAGAGAAAGGAACAUGGGGUGUCUCACACACACGGGUUCCCACUGAGUCCCGGCCAGGCCACGUGGCUCUGAUCGCAGGUUUUUACGAGGACGUCAGUGCCGUCGCAAAAGGCUGGAAGGAGAAUCCAGUAGAGUUUGACUCUGUGUUCAAUGAGAGCAGAUACACGUGGUCUUGGGGGAGCCCUGAUAUUUUGCCUAUGUUUUCUAAAGGCGCCAGCGGAGACCACGUGUAUACUCACACCUACUCUGCCGAGAGUGAGGAUUUUGCCUCUACAGAUGCUUCCAGACUGGACACCUGGGUGUUUGAUGAAGUAAAAGCCUUCUUCAGCUCAGCCAGAGAAAAUGAAACCCUGUUGUCCAGAUUACACGGAGAGCAGAAUGUUUUUUUCCUCCACUUACUGGGAAUAGACACAAAUGGACACGCCCACAGACCGAUGUCACGGGAAUAUUUAGACAAUAUUGCUCUUGUUGAUGCUGGUGUGGCUGAGAUAGUCUCUUUAAUUGAGGACUUUUAUGACAACGAUGGAAAAACAGCUUACGUUUUCACGUCCGACCACGGCAUGACCAACUGGGGGUCUCAUGGAGCAGGUCACCCCUCUGAGACGUUGACCCCACUGGUGGUCUGGGGUGCUGGGGUCCAGGCCGCACAGAAAGCCUCCAUCCAGCACUAUGAUGACGACUACCUCAAAGAAUGGAAACUCGAAGCUCACAGGAGGGUUGACGUGAAUCAGGCUGACAUAGCCCCUCUGAUGGCAUCUCUCAUAGGAGUCCCUAUUCCACUAAACUCUGUGGGAGUCUUACCUUUACACUACCUAAACAACAGCCAGCAUUUCAAAGCAGAAAGCAUGUAUGCUAACGCCAUUCAAAUACUGGAGCAGUUUAGGGUCAAGAUGAAUCAGAAAAAGGAGACAACAUUGUCGAUCUUCUUUACACCAUACCAACCUCUGACUGAAUCUGAGCAGAUGGAUUUCGUGCGACAUGCAAGGCUGCUGAUUCAGAAGGGGCGUUUUGAGGAGGCAAUCCAUCACUGUGAGGGUCUGAUAGCUCAAGCUAUGGAGGGACUGUCCUACUAUCACACCUACGACCGCUUCUUCCUGGGUACCAGUGUGGUUCUGGGCUUUGUGGGCUGGACCUCCUAUGUGGCUCUGAUCAUCCUGAAGACUCAUGCCAGUCUACGUAAACCACCAACCAGUAGAGCGCUGGUAUCUGGAGCAGGUCUUAGCAGGCUCUUUCUGUGUGUGGCCCUGGCAGUGGGUCUGCUGCUGCUGCUCCAGUCCAGCCCCUGGACCUACUACAUCUACUGUCUCUUACCUGUGCCUGUGUGGUACUCCGUUUUUAAAGAAUGGGGAAUCGUGACAGAUCUGAUGAAAUCUAUCCCGUCCUUGCCCUUGAGUAAAUGCUUCGGCUAUUUUUUGCUGGUCACAUUGGGCAUUGAGCUGCUUGUUGUGAGCUUUUUUUACCGUGCCAUGCUGACUGUGGGGCUGAUUAUGCUGGCUAUGUGGCCCAUUGGAUCUGGCCUGUACUGGAAAUCCAAGAGGAGGUCAGUUACCUGGGUUGUCAGCUGUCUGUGCCUAGCCGUGUUUCCUCUCCUGCCUGUAGUGGGACGGGAGCCUAAUGUCAGCUUUGUGACUUGUGCAGGAGCCCUGACUCUCUUCAAUGCUCUCUCGUACCUUUGGUCGUCACGGAGAUGUUCAAACCUGCACAAGAGAGAUCAGUGGUUGUUCAUCUGUCAGUUGGUUCAGGUGGGUCUGUGCGCCUUUGUUCUGACCAGCACUCACUCAAGCCUGCAGCUCAAACAUGGUCUUCCUCUCUUCAAUCAGCUCGUCAGCUGGAGCACUCUCGCCUCUUCAUUUUUUGUGCCGUUGCUGAGUUCUACAAGACUGUUCCAUAGGCUGCUGAGUAUUCUUCUAUCACUGGUGUGCACUUACCUCCUCUUAAGUACAGGGUAUGAGGCACUUUUCCCCCCUUUUUUGUCGUGGCUCAUGUUUAUUUGGGUCAACAUUGAACAGGAGGCUAUGCAUACUAUGGGAGUGUCCAACAGGACUGAGCUCUCCAGUAUCGAUUUCUCAGAGAAUAUCGACAUAACCAAAAUCAGACAGCUGAGACUCGAUGAUAUCAGACGAUCUUAUUUUUUUGUUUUUUUCAUAAUACUUGCAUUCUUUGGCACUGGAAACAUAGCGUCUAUUAACAGUUUUGAUCCUGCCUCAGUCUACUGCUUUCUAACAGUCUUCAAUCCAUUUAUCAUGGGGGGCCUACUAAUGUGGAAGGUUUUAAUUCCGUUUGUCAUCGUGAUGUGCGCGUUUGAAAGCAUACAAGUUUCAACUCAGCUCUCCUCAAGAAGCCUCUUCCUCAUCGUGCUUGUGAUCUCAGACUUGAUGGCGUUGCAUUUCUUUUUUCUAGUAAAGGAUUACGGUAGCUGGCUCGAUAUCGGUACUAGCAUAAGUCAUUAUGUCAUCGUAAUGUCGAUGACCAUUUUCCUGAUGGUCCUGAGCAUCAUGACCCGCAUCCUGACCUCCAAGCGAAUCCUGAUUGGUCCAAAGAUGAAGAUGCACCUCAGAUGA